GGGAGCUUCAAUCCAGGAUGCAAACCUCUCCUAGAGCAUCUCUGAGUUAUGAGAUUGAUGGGGAAAGGCAGAGGUGUUCUGACAAUGAAAAUGCUGCUGGGUUGGUGGAAUGAGCAAAAUGUGUUCCUGGCUCCAAAUGUGGAGCUGGGCUGGGGUGGAUCCAUCUGCUCUCAGCAGUGCCUGGGGGUAUUUUAGGGGAAGCAUGGGAAGGUGAUCACCCUCCACCUGAGAGAGGUUAAAGCCCAGAGAAACUCUGAACAUGUCAGAAUGUCAGGCCAUCUCCCCUCACUCUCCUCUCAUCACUGUGCCUAGCAGAACUUUUUCUGUUCUCCCUGAGUUCAGCAGAAAUGCUGCAGGUUUCUGAUAUCCAAUAAUACCAGGAGAGACAUGGUGGGAGCUUAAAAAGAAAACCUCAAAAAUCCUAAAUACAAAAAGGUGUCUGUGUGUGUUCCAGGGGAGGGUAUAUGGGAAAUGUUUUUGGUUACAGGUAUCGCUUCUAACUCCUCACUGUCCUUUCUCCAUGAACAGGUGCCCAUGUGCAGCCACAGCCAAUGUCCAACAGCAGCUCCAUCAGCCACUUCCUCCUGCUGGCACUGGCAGAGACGCGGCAGCUGCAGCUCCUGCACUUCUGCCUCUUGCUGGGCAUCUCCCUGGCUGCCCUCCUGGGCAACGGCCUCAUCAUCAGCGCCGUAGCCUGCGGCCACCACCUGCACACGCCCAUGUUCUUCUUCCUGCUCAACCUGGCCCUCAGCGACCUGGGCUCCAUCUGCACCACUGUCCCCAAAGCCAUGCACAAUUCCCUCUGGGGCACCAGCACCAUCUCCUACACUGGAUGUGCUGCACAGGUUUUUCUCCUUAUCUUCUUCAUGGGAGCAGAGUUUUCCCUCCUGACUGUCAUGUGCUACGACCGCUACGUGUCCAUCUGCAAACCCCUGCACUACGGGACCCUCCUGGGCAGCAGAGCUUGUGCCCACAUGGCAGCAGCUGCCUGGGCCAGUGCCUUUCUCUAUUCACUGCUGCACACGGCCAACACAUUUUCCCUGCCCCUGUGCCAUGGCAAUGCCCUGGGCCAGUUCUUCUGUGAAAUCCCACAGAUCCUCAAGCUCUCCUGCUCAAAUUCCUACCUCAGGGAACUUGGGCUUCUUGCUGUCAGUGGCUGUUUAGCACUUGGCUGUUUUGUGUUCAUUGUUUUCUCCUAUGUGCAGAUCUUCAGGGCUGUGCUGAGGAUCCCCUCUGAGCAGGGACGGCACAAAGCCUUUUCCACCUGCCUCCCUCACCUGGCCGUGGUCUCUCUGUUCCUCUGCACUAUCAUGUUUGCCUACCUGAAGCCCCCCUCGAUGUCCUCCCCAUCCCUGGAUCUGUCAGUGUCGGUUCUGUACUCGGUGGUGUCUCCAGCCCUGAACCCCCUCAUCUACAGCCUGAGGAACCAGGAGCUCAAGGCUGCAGUGUGGAGACUGAUGACUGGAUGCUUUCAGGAACAUUAAACUGCUGGCCAAAUUUCUGCAAAUCACUUGUAAUAAAAGUCUUCUUUGAUACUUCUUGUUG